AUGAUGGACGACACGGGAGCACACGCAACGCAGCCUCCUACACCCCCUCACACCCAGAGGAAGGCACACCCACCGCAGCCCCCUACACCCCGUCACACCAAGGAGAAGGAACACCCACCACAGCCCCUACACCCUCUCACGCCCAGGAGAAGAAAGACACCCACCACAGCCCCUACACCCCCUCUCGCCUACGGGAAGGGCGGGGCAGGGCAGUGCGUGGCUGCCCUGCAAGCAAACGAACACAACGGAAAGUUCUUGCCAGCGAGGUCAACACACGAUGGGCCGCUGAGGGUCGAGUCUCCGCCUCCCGAGGGGCUUCAGGUCCAACAAGAAAAAGUGGUUCUUCGCGGAAUUGCCUCAGUGCCCACCCCCCCCCAAUCUACCACCCCACCCCGCACACUCCCCCAUUGCAAACCCAACCACCGAGCAUCUUCCUCUCACCCCACACCCCACUCGCUCCCAUCCCCCUUCACACACCGGCUCCCGACGCACUUAAUGUUUUACAAGUUCCUGAACAGUUACCUGGAGAUUAAUGGCUCAUGUGACCUGGCUUUUCGUCUGGCGCCUCGUAACACCUGA